UACGCAAUCGGAAGAUAAUUAUGUAACUGUGUCUCUUAAACAGCCGACCUCAAACUUGCUCAGACCCGAAACACUUGAUUGACAGACUUUGUGCGAGCUUCUAUAUAAGAGGAGGGAGGAGGGCGCCUCGGUCACUGUUGUGCCUCAGGUCCUCCAGACUGUGGAUGUAGUGAACCAAAGUGGACUGUACACUUUUGUUUUGUUUUUUUUUGUUUUUUUUUCUUUACGGGCUUUUACAGGAGAUACCACUGCUCAUUCAUUUUUACCCUCUUUUUGUUUUUACUCUUGUCGCUGGAUCUCUGACGGAUUUCUUUUUUUAAGAUACUGAAUUCGUCAGAUAUGAUACUCAGGAGAAGUCUCUUCUUGUUGCUGUUGUCAUUUAAUUACCUUCAAGCUUUAACUGAAGAUGGUGAGCAGGAGGAUGAGACAUCAUUCGACUUGUUUGAAAUCAGCGACAUCACACGCAGGACACUGGGGGCCAAACAGUUCAGGGGCCAGAACUUAGAUGCCCCUGCCUACCGCUUCAUCCGCUUUGACCACCUGCCCCCAGUUAGCCCACCCAUACUGAAGCAAAUGCUGCGUCAGAUCCAAAACAAUGAGGGCUUUGUAUUUGUGGCCAGCAUACGCCAGGACCGUUCCUCACGAGGCACCCUGAUUGGUUUGGAGGGUCCCGAUGGCCGGCGCCAGUUUGAGAUCGUGUCCAACGGACGCGCCAACACUCUGGACCUGGUCUACUGGGCAGACGGCUCGCAGAACGUGGUUUCAUUCGAGGACGUGGACCUGUCCGACUCGCAGUGGAAGAACAUCACCCUUCACGUUCAUGGGGAGAACGCCAACCUGUUUGUCGGCUGCAGCCUCAUAGACAGCUUCAUCCUGGAUGAGCCAUUUUACGAGCACCUAAAGGCCGAAGGGAGCCGCAUGUAUGUGGCAAAGGGAUCCAUUCGAGAGAACCACUUUAGGGGCCUUCUUCAGAGUGUGCGCUUCAUCUUUGACACCUCAAUAGAAGACAUCCUGCUGAGUAGAGACUGUGAGAUUACCAAGCAAGAUGAUGCCAAUAUUGUGAUUGAGAGCGCGGAAAUUGUGGACGUGAGUCCUUCCAUCACUACAAACGUUAUAGGUCAGAAGACGGAUGAUGUGGGCGCAGAAAUGUGUGAACGCUCCUGCGAGGAGCUCAGCACCAUGUUCCAGGAGCUCAAUGGCCUGCGCAUUGUCGUCAGCAACCUUAUUGACGGAUUGCAAAAAGUGACAGAAGAAAACUCAGUCAUGAAAGAGGCCCUUGGGAGGAUGAAGAACUCCUCAGAGAAAAACAUGUGCUGGCAGGAUGGCCGCCUGUUUGACGAUAAGGAAGACUGGGUUGUAGACAGCUGCACCAAAUGCACCUGUCAGGAAUCCAAGAUUGUGUGCCACCAAAUCACCUGUCCUCCGGUGGCCUGUGCCAGCCCGUCCUUUAUCGAUGGCGAGUGUUGCCCCGCGUGUUUGCCUAUGGACAGUGACGAUGGAUGGUCCCCGUGGUCAGAGUGGACAGAGUGCACAGUGACCUGUGGGAUAGGAACUCAACAGAGGGGCCGCUCUUGCGACGCAACCAGCAAUCCUUGCACGGGACCUUCUAUCCAGACCCGCAAGUGUAGUCUGGGCAAAUGCGACAGCCGUGUUCGCCAGGACGGAGGGUGGAGUUUGUGGUCCCCGUGGUCGUCGUGCUCGGUGACCUGUGGUGAGGGGCAGAUCACGAGAAUACGACACUGCAAUGCUCCUGUGCCACAGCUGGGAGGCAGAGACUGUGAGGGCAGUGGAAGAGAGACCCAGAGCUGCACUGCCAAGCCAUGUCCCAUUGAUGGUGGCUGGGGACCAUGGUCUCCAUGGGCAACCUGUUCAGCGACCUGCGGAGGGGGGCACAAAAGUCGUUCCCGUGAGUGCAACAGCCCUGAACCUCAAUACGGCGGCAAGAAAUGUUUUGGAGAAGCGGUCGACAGAGACAGCUGUAACAAGAAUGACUGCCCUAUUGAUGGCUGUCUGUCCAACCCAUGCUUUGCGGGAGUGGACUGCAGCAGCUCUGCCGAUGGCUCGUGGGAGUGUGGCCCGUGCCCUGCUGGAUUUCGUGGAAAUGGUACCCACUGUGAAGACAUUAAUGAGUGUGACAUGGUGUCUGAUGUUUGCUACAAAGUGAAUGGAAUGCAGCGUUGUGUCAACACUGAUCCAGGUUUCCAUUGCUUGCCCUGUCCAAAGCGCUACAAGGGCACCCAGCCUUUUGGUAUGGGUGUGGAGGCUGCCAAGAAGAACAAACAAGUAUGUGAGCCUGAGAACCCAUGUAAGGACAGGACGCACAACUGUCACAAAUAUGCCGAAUGCAUCUACAUCAGCCACUUCAGUGAUCCAAUGUACAAGUGUGAGUGUAGGACGGGUUACGCUGGAGAUGGCUUCAUUUGUGGUGAAGACUCUGAUUUGGAUGGCUGGCCCAAUCAGAACCUUGUGUGUGGUGCUAAUGCCACUUACCAUUGCAAGAAGGAUAACUGCCCUAGCCUCCCCAACUCUGGACAAGAAGACUUUGACAGAGACGGUCAAGGAGAUGCUUGUGACAAGGAUGAUGAUAAUGAUGGAAUUCUGGAUGAAACGGACAACUGUCCCCUGCUUUACAAUCCUCGCCAGUUUGACUUUGACAAGGACGUAGUUGGUGACCGCUGUGACAACUGCCCCUAUGAAAACAACCCUGCUCAAAUUGACACCGACCACAAUGGAGAAGGGGAUGCCUGCGCAGUGGACAUCGAUGGAGAUGGAAUUCUUAAUGAGAAUGAUAACUGCCCCUAUGUGUACAACACUGACCAGAAGGACACUGACAUGGAUGGUGUCGGCGACCAGUGUGACAAUUGCCCUUUGCUACACAACCCUGACCAGACUGACCUAGACAAUGACCUGGUUGGAGAUCAGUGCGACAACAGCCAGGACAUUGAUGAAGAUGGGCAUCAGAACAAUCUAGACAACUGUCCUUAUGUGGCCAACUCAAACCAGGCUGACCACGAUAAGGACGGCAAAGGAGACGCAUGCGACUACGAUGACGAUAACGACGGUAUACCUGAUGACAAAGACAACUGCAGGCUAACACCCAACGAAGACCAGGAGGACUCUAAUGGUGAUGGAAGAGGGGAUGCAUGCAAAGAUGACUUUGACAACGACAGUAUCCCAGAUAUCCUCGAUGUGUGUCCUGAGAACAAUGCCAUCAGUGUGACAGACUUCAGAAAAUUCCAGAUGGUGCAUCUGGAUCCUAAAGGAACCACACAAAUUGAUCCCAACUGGGUGGUCAGACAUCAGGGCAAGGAGUUAGUUCAGACUGCUAACUCUGACCCAGGCCUUGCAGUAGGUUUUGAUGAGUUCAGCGCUGUGGACUUCAGUGGAACGAUGUACGUGAACACCGACAGAGAUGACGACUAUGCAGGCUUUGUUUUUGGUUACCAGUCGAGUGGGCGCUUUUACGUUGUGAUGUGGAAGCAGAUCACACAGACCUAUUGGGAGGACAAACCAUCCAAGGCGUUUGGCAUCUCUGGGGUUUCACUCAAAGUUGUGAACUCGACCACUGGCACUGGAGAAUACCUCAGGAAUGCUUUGUGGCACACGGGCAACACUCCAGGACAGGUGCGGACCCUGUGGCAUGACCCCAAAAACAUUGGUUGGAAGGAUUACACAGCUUACAGGUGGCAUCUCAUCCACAGACCAAAGACUGGGUUUAUAAGGGUAGUGGUCUAUGAAGGCAAACAGAUUAUGGCUGACUCGGGACCAAUUUAUGAUAAGACCUUUGCCGGAGGAAGAUUAGGCUUGUUUGUCUUCUCACAAGAGCUGGUGUUCUUCUCUGACCUCAAGUAUGAGUGCAGAGAUAAGCUGGAGUUGCCAACCGUGCUCACAAGAUAACUGAAUCAAGUAGAAACAGAAAAAAAGAAAACAUCUGAUGGCAAAAGACAAGAAUCUCUCUGAGUAAACAUCACGUCAUCGCUGAAUCCAUGUCAAUGUAAAUCAGACUUCGCAUACUUCCAUGUUUUCCCCUUGAUUCAUCCACUGGAGGAGAAACAGUGGCACAUUUCAGUUUUGCCGAAGCUGAGAAAGGAAAAAAAAACUGAUCAACAUGUGUUUUUUUUUGUUUAUUUGUUUUUAAAAAAGCCUCUACCGAAUAUCUAAUUAAAACUAUUGUACCCAUUCUACAUCUUUAAAUUCAUUGUACAACCUCUUAGAUGCUGUUUGUGAUUUCCUACAGUUUGAUGUAAGUGACUCGGCUGUUCUCUGCCUUUAUUCUUCUUUUUUUUUGCUGAACUGAUCAUACAGUGUUUGACAAACAUAAACUGUAAUCAAAUCAUAAUCAUUUACCCGCCUUAACUCCAUUAUAGCUUCUCCUUAUUCUUUUCAUCCUAAAUGUGCUUUUCAUGUACAACUUGAGUGAACGACGAGUAAGUGCCAAAGAUGUUUAUACUAAGUCUGUACUAUAAUUCCUUUUGUAAAUUAUUUAUGCUCUGCUUGUUUUGUUCGUUGGCAUUUUUUUUCCUAGUUUUGUAAAUAAUUAUUUAUUUGUUUACACUGACAAAACGUAUAAUUGAAUACCACAGACGUCAAGAUAAAACAUAUUAGCGUUGCCAGAUUUUUUUAGUGUCUUCAUGCACUUCCUGUACUUGUUAGUUUUUCAAAUUUGUCAGUCAUUGAUUUUUUUUUCAAGUGUGUCAGUUAAGUAACUGUAGCAUAAAGAUAAACACCAGCUGCUUUUCAAUAAUCAUGAAAAUAAACACGAAGCAGAUGUUUAUGUAGGUCACGGUAGCUGCCAAAGUGAGUUAAUUCUGGUAGUUUAUUUACUUAGCUGUCCAGACAGCCUCGCUGUCCUCAAAUGGAUUUAACACAUUACUGCAAAUUUUUUAUCUUUUAAAUUAGCAGCUGCCAAUUAGGCUACUGGCACCAUCGCAGAAACGCCUUUCUGACUCGAUUUGGAAACUUUUAUGCGCAACACAAAGCAGCGAAAGUAGACUGAAAUAGUGACAUUGCUCAAAAAUAUUGUAAUGAAAUGAUUGAUAUUAAAUCAAAUGUGUAACUUUAACAUUUGAGAGUUGGAGAUUUGGAAAUAAGCCACUUUGAGCGGUUGAUUCGUGGAGAUCAACUACAGUGAAAAAAACGACAUUUUCAUUUCUACGUUAGUCAUAAAUAUCACUUAUACAUCUUGUGAAACAUCAAAGUGUUGAUUGAAAAGGAAUCCAGAUGAAGGUCUCUAAAAGUGUGACUGUGUGAUUGUGUAGUGUGGAUUAAGGAUGUGUUUGCGUACAACUUCGCUGUCGUCAGUCUGAACAGCAUUCAUGUUCUCCAUGUUUGGUUUCCAUCCUGUUCAUUUUUUUUAUUUGCAAUGCACAAACUGUAAAUGUGUUUUUUUUGUAUACUUGUGUUGUUAGAUAUACGUUUUCUACAAACAAUAGUGUAAGAUUGUUCUGUUUCUUAAUAAAACACUUUUACACCA